ACUCCUAAUAUACCACGGCAAACGUCGCCCAACAUGAGCUUUGGUCUUUCCGAAACACUUCCUUCCAUAGUACGGAAUCGAUUCAAUGCCGCAAAAGCAGCUGGAAGCCUCAUCUUCUCGCCAACAGAGCUGACAGUCAUUCAUACAGCUGGUGUUCCGUUUCAAUUGAGAUACUGCCCCGCUCUAGCCAAAAAGCCUACUCCCAAGGAUGGACAGCGAGAAACCAAUCGGCCAUCCAAAAAGCCCGACCCUUUCGACAACCCUCCUCAGGAUCUCCUAGUCGCAGAUACUCCCCCGGAGUUACCCAACCAUAUACUGGUCUUGAACAAGUUCCCUAUCAUCCCACAACAUUUCAUACUCGCGACCAAGGCGUUCAAACAGCAGACAGAUCUCUUGGAAGAGGAUGAUCUCGCCGCUACCUUGGCCUGCUUGAAAGCAUGGGAGGAUGACAAAGACUUGGCAGAUGGCCGCGAAACGCGGCGCAGGCUCUUCGCGUUCUUCAACUCUGGUGAAUUCAGCGGAGCAAGCCAGCCUCACCGCCAUGUUCAGUUCUUACCGGUGGAGGAAAUGGCUGGUGAGACGGCUGAAGGAGACUGGAGUCUUCUUACCGAUAGUAUCGGCGGUUCCAUAGACCAGAGCAAGUCAGGAGUUAAACUACCGUUCGCAUACUUUACCACAGCAAUAUCGCCGUCAUCAACACCUCGAGAGCUGCAUGAAAAAUACCUUUCUUUGUACAGCCAGGCAGUUUCCGCUCUACAGAAGUCGGAUAAGGCCAGCGACCUCGCCGGAACGAAUCACCACAACGCGAAGACCUCCUCGAUUACGAUCAGCUAUAAUCUAAGUAUGACUGCGUCGUCAAUGGUGCUCUGCCCGAGGACAAAAGAUGGAGAUAUCCUUGGGUUUAGAGAAGACGAUUCUCAGCAACCGAUUGGACCUGUAGCGCUCAACGGGACCAUAUUAGGAGGCACACUAAUGGUUAAAACACCAGAAGAGUGGGAUCUGCUUCGAAAAGAUGAAACAAAGCUGUAUCAGUUGCUUGAAACGAUAGGUGUCGCUCCGUAGAAUUUUAGAUAGACGGACUAGCCGAGUCGACGGCCUC